CUGGAAAGCUGGUCUGUAGGAUGCCCUGAGCCACCCCUAGUGUGGCCUCUGCAGUGGCCUCGGUUUCCCCAUCUGCUAACUUGGAUAAAUGACGCCUGUUCUCUGCACCCUGAAGAUAAAGCUCUAAGGCCCCGAGUGAGGAAGGGUCCCGCGCUCGGCGCAGGCUCGUUGCUGUGCCCCAGGCCCCGCUGCUCGGCGCCCCUCCCUCGUCCUCCGUCCUCCGCUCUCUCCUCCGCCUCCCCUGUUCCCCGCCCCUGCGGUUCUCGGCUUCAGCUUCUGCUGUCCUUCUCAUCGCUCACGCCUCCCUGUGCCGGGGUAGCCACUCGCUGCCGCCCGAGACCCCGCCACCCCCGCAGGCCCCUUCAAGCCGCAGCGCAGGCGACCAGCGCGCGUCCCGGCGUCCUCGCGGAGCGGGAUCGCCGGCUCCGACCGAAGCCGACCUAGGGCCAGACCUUCUCAGUGCAGGAAGGACCCAAGGAGAGUCCAGAGAUCCUGUGGGACUCUUGACUAGGUCAGCGGUCAGGAAGGGGUGAGAGAGCCGCUCUCUCCGUUCAUUCCCAGGUGCUAUGCUGCUGCUCCUGCUGGGUUUGCUAAGCCCGGCGGCCUGCUGGGCACUGGGCCCGGCCGGCCCUGGCUCCCCAGAGCUGCGGUCAGCCUUCUCGGCAGCUCGCACCACCCCGCUGGAGGGCACGUCGGAAAUGGCGGUGACCUUCGACAAGGUGUACGUGAACAUCGGGGGCGACUUCGAUGCGGCCACCGGGCGGUUCCGCUGCCGCGUGCCCGGCGCCUACUUCUUCUCCUUCACGGCCGGCAAGGCCCCGCACAAGAGCCUGUCGGUGAUGCUGGUGCGCAACCGCGACGAGGUGCAGGCGCUGGCUUUCGACGAGCAGCGGCGGCCAGGCACGCGGCGCGCUGCCAGCCAGAGCGCCAUGCUGCAGCUCGACUACGGCGACACAGUGUGGCUGCGGCUGCACGGCGCUCCGCAAUACGCGCUGGGCGCUCCCGGCGCCACCUUCAGCGGCUACCUGGUGUACGCCGACGCCGACGCGCCUGCGCGCGGAGCUGCGCCCCCGGAGCCGCGCUCCGCCUUCUCGGCGGCGCGCACGCGCAGCCUGGUGGGCUCGGACGCUGGCCCCGGGCCGCACCACCGGCCGCUGGCCUUCGACACCGAGCUGGUCAACAUAGGUGGCGACUUCGACGCGGCGGCCGGCGUGUUCCGCUGCCGCCUGCCCGGCGCCUAUUUCUUCUCCUUCACGCUGGGCAAGCUGCCGCGCAAGACGCUGUCGGUGAAGCUGAUGAAGAACCGCGACGAGGUGCAGGCCAUGAUUUACGACGACGGCGCCUCGAGGCGCCGCGAGAUGCAGAGCCAGAGCGUGAUGUUGCCGCUGCGGCGCGGCGACGCCGUCUGGCUGCUCAGCCACGACCAUGAUGGCUAUGGCGCCUACAGCAACCACGGCAAGUACAUCACCUUCUCAGGCUUUCUGGUGUACCCCGACCUCGCUGCCGCCGGCCCGCCGGCUCUCAAGCCCCCCGAGCUCUGAGCCUCAGCUUGGAGGAACCCGGGAAGGCCGUGGGGUGUGCAUGCCGAGCCGGGACCGCAGCCCGAACGCCUCACCAGCCCGAGCAUAACAACCUGCUCAACGCGUCUCGACUCUUCCAAUAAAAUGGGCCUGCCUGUCAGCCCUAGGGCCCUGCCCUGUGUCUUGACUGUGAUGCCUUUGCCUCCUCUUCUCCCCGGGAAGGACAGAACUACCCAGACUAGGACAACCGUAAGGCCUGGAUGGGGGUCAGGCUUUGUGACGGUGACCGGAGCUUGAAGCAUAGUCUCCUAAAUUCAAGUAGGUCUCACCUUCAUGUCUGUGUCAAGUGCGUCCCUCCAUCUGACUUCUCACUGACAAAUGACAUUCUUCUUCAGGCCCAAAUUUUGCCACUCUGUAACAGGGAACAUCCCACUACUCUGACCCAGUAGGAACACAGGACUCAAGGAAACAGCAUGUUCCUUCUUCCAGUAGGGCAUGGGACUGAGAUAAGGGCUGACACCUGCUUGCCCUGCCUUCUGCCCUCUCAAAACCGGCUGAAUGAUGUGGUCAAAACAUGUGUUAGAGUAAGUUUUCAUAGAUACAAAAAUGAGACGGGCUCUGGGAGGCCAGAACAGAGCUACACAAAAUACACAUACAUACCCUACACUGCCUGAACCAGUCUCUCUGCGAGGGCUUCUCCCAGCUUUAUCCCUUACUCUAAGAUGUUACAUUUGAGGCUUCAGAUGAAACAAAACUUUUUUUCUUUCCUCUCCACAGAGGUAAUGUUCCCCUACCGUUUCCUCGACUCCUUCUGUAAAUUAGAGCCAUCGAAGACUAAUCUAUGCUCCCAGUCCACAUGGGGACUUUGCAGUCUCAGAGACCAUAGAUUCUUGGUUAGCUUUGAAAUGAGUUUAGACUGGGUGACAAGCAUUCUGUAUUUCAUAGCACUGCCAGGAUAGGAGUUAGAGGAUCUGACAUGAAUUUAUUUAGGGGUUGCUUUGCUUUUAGCAUGUAUUAAACACACUUUCAAUCCUGACCUCUGGACAUACAUACAUGUAACCACUGUC